CGUUGGAGUUUGUUUGAAAAGUUAAUAACUUCUUAUAACUUUUAAAUAAAAUGUCUUCAGAUAAUGAAGACGCAAUAGUUGCACCAUGGGUGGGAUUUUUAUCAAGUAAAAAUGUGUUAACAGUUGUUGUUAUUUCAACCAACAUAGAAAUUAUAGAGAGAAUUGCUGAAGCACUUAUAGAUGUACAUUCAAAAGGUACAUAUAAAUGGAAGCUUAUAACUCUACGUUCCUUCGAUUUAGAAAAACUCGUCGAAGUAUCGAAUUUAACAGGAAAAAUGGGAAUGGACUUUGUUAUUUUAGCUAUGGAUACAAAUAUAUUGUUUUGCUUGGAAUGGACUAAGAAUGCAUUGAGUCAGGUUGAUCCUGAUCUUAGAGCUCGUCGUGUUGUGUUGGUGAAUGCCGGUGGUGCACCUGUAAAUGCAAUGGCAGUCAGUGCAAGUGAUUUAAUAGCAUUUUCCACAGAGGAAAACUUGGACAUGUUAAGUGCCAAUGUGUUUGUGCGACAUGAAGCUACAACAUUAGCUCAAAGACUUUUAAGGUAUAUAGAAGUAUCCGUUGGUGUCGAUACAGGUGUUCCAAAUUUAAAUAUUUGAUACAUGUUAUUUUAUAAGCAAAAGUUUCAUUUGCAUCACAUUUAACUCUGUUUUUUGUAAUUUGUCACCGAAUAAAAAAUUACCAGAAAGUAGGUACACUGAUUACGAUUCAAUGAACUACAUUCCAACCUCGAUAAGCAAGAAACCUCUAUAAGCGAGUUACUGUACACU